CCCGGGGAUGGGGAGAGCGCUCUGAGCCCGCGCCCCAGGGACGGGGAAGGAGGAGACAAGCGGGGCCAGGAGUGAAGAGCAUCAGAAGAGGGGGAGCAGAAGGGAAGGCGGUGGAGAGAUGAUUGCUGAGUUGGUGAGCAGCGCCCUGGGGCUCGUCUUGUAUCUCAACACCCUGAGUGCGGAUUUCUGCUACGAUGACAGCCGAGCUAUCAAGACUAAUCAGGAUCUUCUCCCAGAAACGCCAUGGACCCACAUAUUCUACAAUGAUUUUUGGGGGACUCUUCUUACCCAUAGUGGCAGCCACAAGUCCUAUAGGCCACUCUGUACCCUUUCUUUCCGCUUUAAUCACGCCAUUGGAGGCUUGAACCCCUGGAGCUACCAUCUUGUCAAUGUUCUGCUGCAUGCAGCAGUCACCGGCCUCUUCACAAGCUUCUCCAAGAUUCUCCUCGGCGAUGGACACUGGACCUUCAUUGCAGGCCUGAUGUUUGCAUCCCACCCAAUUCACACAGAAGCAGUGGCGGGCGUCGUGGGAAGGGCCGAUGUGGGCGCCAGCUUCUUCUUCCUGCUCUCUUUGCUGUGUUAUGUGAAGCACUGCUCCACCAGAGGCUACUCAUUGAGCACCUGGGGCUGGUUCCUAGGGACAGGACUCUGCGCUGGGUGCAGUAUGUUGUGGAAGGAACAAGGUGUGACUGUAUUGGCCGUGUCGGCGGUUUACGAUGUCUUUGUCUUUCACAGACUGAAAAUGGACCAGAUCGUACCUUCUAUUUACAAAAGAAAGAAUGUGCCUCUUUUCCUCAGUGUCGGUUUGCUAACUUUUUGGGGAACCUCACUUCUGGGAGCCCGCCUAUACUGGAUGGGGAACAAGCCACCAAGCUUCUCCAAUUCAGAUAACCCUGCAGCUGAUUCAGACAGCAUCACGGCACGCACUUUGACCUUCCUUUACUUGCCAACCAAGAACCUCUGGUUGUUGUUAUGCCCAGAUACUCUCAGCUUUGAUUGGUCCAUGGAUGCGGUACCGUUGAUAAAAACCAUCUGUGACUGGAGAAACCUCCACACUGUGGCCUUCUAUACUGGACUCUUUCUCCUCUCCUACUUCAGCCUGAGGACCCCAAGCUCCAACAGACAGUGCAAUGGGAAAGCCGUCGCCAAUGGCAAGCAGAAUGCGAAUGGGCAUGGCUGCCACCCAGACGCAGAGUACCGGGAGUCAGAGCCUAAGCCCAGCUUUGCAGAGAAAGCCGAGAAUGGCAUUAAAAACCACAUCCCCCAGCGGUCACCGCUUCCUUCCACAGAGAACAUUGUUGUUCUUUCGCUCUCUUUGCUAAUAGUUCCCUUCGUCCCAGCCACCAAUCUGUUUUUCUAUGUCGGCUUUGUAAUCGCAGAGCGUGUGCUGUAUAUUCCUAGUAUGGGCUUCUGCCUUUUAAUUACAGUAGGUGCCAGAGCCCUUUACGUCAAAGCCCAAAAGCGCUUUCUCAAGAGUUUGAUUUUCUACGCCACAGGUGCACUAAUUGUUUUUUAUGGACUCAAGACUGCCAUCAGGAAUGGAGACUGGCAGAACGAGGAGAUGCUGUAUAGGUCAGGGAUAAAAGUCAACCCAGCCAAAGCAUGGGGUAACCUUGGAAAUGUCCUCAAGAGCCAGAGCAAGAUUUCAGAAGCCGAGAACGCCUAUAGAAAUGCUUUGUACUACCGCAGCAACAUGGCAGAUAUGCUCUAUAAUCUAGGGUUAUUACUACAGGAGAACAGCCGGUUCAAAGAAGCCUUGCAUUACUAUAAACUGGCGAUUGGUAGCAGACCUACAUUAGCUUCUGCAUAUUUAAAUACUGGCAUUAUUCUCAUGAACCAAGGGAAGACUGAAGAAGCCCGCCGUACAUUCAUAAAAUGUUCAGAGAUCCCUGAUGAAAACUUGAAGGAUCCUCAUACCCAUAAGAGCUCUGUUACCAGUUGCCUUUAUAAUUUGGGAAAACUCUAUCAUGAACAAGGUCGCUAUGAGGAAGCACUUAGCGUCUAUAAGGAAGCCAUUCAGAAAAUGCCCCGGCAAUUUGCUCCUCAGAGCUUGUACAACAUGAUGGGUGAAGCCUACCUAAGGCUGAGCAAACUUCCAGAGGCAGAACAUUGGUAUGUGGAAUCCUUGAGAUCCAAGACUGACCAUAUCCCUGCUCAUCUCACCUAUGGAAAACUCUUGGCCUUAACAGGCCGUAAGAAUGAAGCUGAAAAAUUCUUCUUGAAGGCGAUUCAGCUGGAUCCCACCAGAGGCAACUGUUAUAUGCAUUAUGGCCCAUUCCUUCUAGAAGAAGCUCGGAUCAUGGAGGCAGCUGAGAUGGCCCAGAAAGCAGCAGAACUGGACAGCCAUGAAUUUGACGUUGUCUUCAAUGCAGCCCACAUGCUCAGACAAGCUAACCUCAAUGAAGCAGCUGAGAAAUAUUAUGAACUGGCAGCCAGUUUGAGACCUAAUUAUCCGGCUGCCCUGAUGAAUCUUGGAGCCAUUCUUCAUCUCAAUGGCAGGCUUCUCAAAGCUGAGGCCAACUACCUGCGGGCCCUUCAGCUGAAACCUGAUGAUGUCAUCACCCGGUCUAACCUCCGAAAACUGUGGAACAUCAUGGAAAAACAGGGAUUAAAGACUUCUAAGACAUGACCCAGGAGGCUAGGAACGUUUUCUCUUUUUGAUUCUAAGUCUACUUAAGGAAAAAAACAAAAAACAAAAAACGGAACAGGACUUCCAGGAGGUGGUGUGACAGGAACUCCCAAUGGACCUCAUGCUCAAGGGCAGUGGUCAUCAUGGCUUCAGGGAAGAUCUAGUCUUGCCUUUGGCACCGAAUUUAUGCCAAAAAGGGAAAUGGUGGGAACCUCAUGAAGGAUUUAACCGUCAUCCAUCAAAAACAAAUUCAAUCAGAGCGCUUAAAGCCGAAUAUUUUGGUCUCAAAAAAAUAGGAAUCUGAGUUCGAAUUUUGCUGGUUUUCUAUUCAAAUUCUGAAAAUGAGCUUGUUUCUUCAGCACUGUGAGAGGACGUCACAGCACCCAUCCAUCCACAGGAAGACAAACAUGGUUAAGAUAGUAACCUGAGGUAUUUGUAGAGACUGUAACUGAUGAAAAUUGAGAUGAAAUCCUAACCUAUUUGCAGUCAGUUCUAUUGCUGCUGUGUCUCUCCUUAGGGCAGGCUGCUUAUCAAUUUCAGAGGCUUACGGAACUAUUUUUUGAUAUGUUAGGAUCUGUCAGACUCUUGCAGUUCCUUCUUGACAAGUGUACAUCAUAUUUUUUUAUUAUUUUGAUGUCACUAGCUUCACUAUUCUGAGCAGUGCUUGCUUUGCCUGUCCUAGAAACAAUAAGCAAUAUAUAGCUAAUCAUGCAUCCCCCUGAGGUUGUAACAGGGCGAAAGACAUCACAUGUCAUGCAUUUUUUUUAUUUCAAUGGUAAACAAAUUAUCACCAACUUUUUUUUCCCCAAAAAAUAUUUUAGAUCAGGCAGUGUAAUGGGAUUGUUAUACUUUCUAAAAAUUAUUAUUCUUAAUUUUCAAAACUUUUCCCCAGAAGAAAUACAAUAAAAAGUAAAAAAAAAAACAAAACUACCCAUUCAGAAUUCAGCCUGAAACAACAACUUAGUGAUAGCAAAAUUUACAAGUAUUCUAAUCAUAAACUAACCAGCAGUUAUUGGGGGGGGCGGGGCGCUAAGGAAUGUGUUUAGUCCCUCCCGGAAGAGGUUCCUUUUUAAAAAAUGAUUAGACCAAGAGGCUUGAGUAAUGAGAGUUCCCAGUUGCAUAGCAUUUGGGACAGUGGGGUCUAAUAGCUGUUUCGUUCUCGACUAUAUGACCAACAGCUAUGCUGUUGCAUCUUUGUAGCUUGGAUUUAUCCUACCAAGUUGUUAUUAUAUUCUUCCUGAAUGACUUCAUAAAAGUAAUUUAUUUGGAGCUGCAGUGUUGUGGAGCCAUAGCCCAUAUUUUUCUAGGUCAUUUGCCAAACACUCUCCUUCGUUCAGAAGCACCAUCUUUUGUGAGCAAAUUUGCCAUUUCCUUUAAUUACCUGUCAGUGGCUACUUUGGUGCUCACUCCAGAAGAGCUUUGGCUUUUAAUGUGAAGUGUGGGAGAUCAUUGACAGAUGCUCCCCACAAGUCACAUUUCUACUCUGAUACUAAAACUCAACUUGGUAAAACAUCAUCCCAUUACAACUACUUCUUGGAGAAAGUACCUGUACAAUGCUAUAUGUAUUUAUUUAUUUAUUAUUUGAUCAGAGUGAAAACAAAAUGAAACAAUAAAAACUUUUGUUAAGCCAGUUCUCUGCAAAUUAGAUUAGGUUUUUUUUUUGUCCUUUGCUUUAUCUUUCACAUUUCAUUUUUACAUGAUUACUAAAAGGGAAAUGGGACAUCCGUAUAACUUGUUGUACAUUGUCUCCAAACACCAUAUUUUUUUUUUAAAUUUCUUUUCUUUUUUUGUUUUUGACUAGGUAGGAGAGCACAGUAAGAUAAAUCAUUUUAAUGUACUCUUCUUAUGGCAUUAUUUUUUCUUAAGCUUGGUAAGGCCAAAUUGUAUGAGCAUUUUCUGAAUAGGGUUACUAUGAGGGCCCUUUCAAAGAAAGUAUGUGAAUAAUCCUGAAGAAUAUUGAGAUAAAAUGGUCAAAAAAUGAAUGACUGUCAAAUCACAGUGUUGUCUUAAUGAGGCAUGGAAACCCGAGGUAAAACUAAGAUGGUGGGUGGAAAUAUAUUUUUCUUCUGCCACUGCUUCAUGGCAAUUUUUUUUUAAAAAAAAAGUGAAUUUAAUAUAAAGAUAUGAAUGAAUUCAAUGUUUAACUGUGGUAUUUAUUUAAAAUGGCUAUUGAACUUUGGUGGCUUCCUGGUCAUAACCCUUCACUGUCUUUUUUUUGUUCUUCUUUUCAAAUUGUUGGUUUUUAAGAAUGUCCAUUGAUCACCCGCUAGAGUCACUCCAAGUUGACGUAGCAUCUAAGUAGCAUUGUGGACUGGAUCUGUGUCAAAAGAUGUGAGGAUGUUGAAGAAUGUCCCUGAUGCUUUCUAGUUACAGGGCUGGGCUCGAUAACUAACCAACUUUGGGGGGAAAGAAGUUAAAACAUGAUCAACAAAUAUGUGUCUCUGCUCAGGGAUUUAUGGUGGAUUAUUGCAGACAGUGCUAAAAAUAAAUAAAUAAAGAGCACAAGACAAGUUUACUAAAUUAAAAUUUUAUUUUUUGAGAAACUGUUAUUUGUAUAAAUUAUCAAGAUUUGUAGGCUUUCCUUUUGUAGAAAUAAUUGUUUUAUGUGCCAGA